AUGUCAAAAGGAGAAGGGAGAAGCUGCAAGAAAUGCUUAGCGUAUGUUGCAGGAUUCAUCGUGUUCCUAACAGCCAUCAUUUUAGUGUUGGCUCUCACAGUCACAGUUAUUAUGAAGGUCAAAAGCCCUAAGCUGAGGUUCAAUGCUACGGUUGUCGAAACCUUUAGCUUCAACAACGGCACUGCCACUUCCAUCGACAUGAAGCUCCUCGCUCAGCUCAUCAUUAAAAACACCAACUUUGGUUAUUUCAAGUAUGACAAGAGCACCCUCGUCAUACUGCACAAGGGUGUGCCACUCGGGGAACAUGUGAUCCCCCAAGGGCGCACCAAGGCCAAGAAAACGCAGAAGUUGGAGAUCUCCGUGGAUGUGAGCACGGAUAGGGGAUCGGGUAGUAAAUUGAGAAAUGAGAUCAAUUCUGGGAUUUUGAAGCUGAGCAGCCAAGCAAAAUUGAAUGGAAAGGUGCAUUCGAUGAAAAUCAUAAAGAAGAAGAAGAAAUCUGGUGAAAUGAAGUGUGAUUGGGACGUCAAUUUGGGCACUAGAGAGAUUGAGAAUUUUGAAGUGCUAGUUGAUUAUAAAUUAUGUAAAUUAUCUUCGAUGUCUAGCUAG